AUGCCGAUCCGACGAGAUGACAGUCCAGAAGCUCAGCUGGCGGUGGCGGAUCGUGGCGUUGUGGUUCGGAGGAGCCGAGGCUCUCUCAAUGGUGCCCUGGCUCAACUUCCAACUUCCAUUUUCAUUAAAUACGCCGAGGGCGAUGACUCGACUCAUGCCUUCGGCACAUACACCGUUUCAGUUGAUCUAGCCAGUGGUAGCAUUUCGCAGAGAGUUGACCCCGUCAAUGGAGAAACAUAUACCCUCUCGUACUAUGGCUAUUACGAAAAUGGUGUCCAACCCGUCAAUCAUCAUCUGAUGUGCACCUUUACUGACAGUACAUUGGACAUUGAUUUAGUCUACGGAUCGGAUCCUACUUUGAAUUCAAGUGCUGCCAUUCACACUCCUUCGGCGGUGUAG